AGUUCAUAUCCAAAAUAUUACAUAAGCAAUUAUUGUGGUAUAUUGAAGGGGUCGACCAUUAACUUGGGUAUGCCUUCCACAGAGAAAACAACUUAUGCUUUAUUUAAACUGAAACGGGAAACAUAUAAACCUAAUAUGGACUGUAAUGUCACUAUAAAAGCGCCGCCAAAUUACGGUGUCAUCGCUUACGUGAAGAGAGUUAAACUAAGAAAACUGUAUUCACUUGAAGACUCUUUGGAAGUGAUCUCAGAUUAUAAUAUGACUUCUUAUCAAUGGUUGGGAACAAAUGAAGAGCUAUUACCAAAAGUGAAUGUAGUGUCGAGUGCUUCCAAAGGAGAGAUUUAUGUGAUAUUCCGAUCGGAAAACUUUGCCCUUUCUUUGUAUAGCAAAGGAUUCAAAAUUAUUUUGACUUUAUUUACACUAGUCAAUUCUAAUGGCAUUUGUGGUCACAAUUCAUCGCUUAGGUUUAAUUGUAAUAAUAAGAUAUGCAUUGAUAAUAUGUUAGAAUGUGAUGGUAUUAACAACUGUAUCAACUCAUUUGAUGAGCAAAGUUGCAGCGCUACAUCUGAAUCAAUGAUAGGUUUAAUUGUGUUUAGUCUAACGCUUUUAAUUAUGGCUAUACUAGUGAUUGUGUUUUUAUGCAAAACUGAUAAACAAAAGCGCGAAGAUAUGGCCCGAAGAUUCUCAAAGGUCUGUAUUAAUAGUGGAAGAAGACUAUCGACAAUAUUUUUGAAUGAAAGAAGACACGCGACAACCAAUUCAGUGACACUCAAUAGAUUAGAUUCUAACGAUGGAAGUAAUGUCUACAGAAGUGUUCCCAUUGUUUAUGAAUCCAACCAAAACAAAGAGAGUAAUCAGCAAAACGUUAAGUUUGUCACCAAAAUUAGGCACUCCUCGAGUGAUAAUCUUAAUAAAUCUAAUGGAUCCAAUGGAUCCACAUAUUAUAAUAAUAUUUAG